CUCACCAGAAUUACUUCCUGCUCAAGUGAAGGAGAAGGACCCAAUGAGACUGCCUCCUCACAUAUGCUCUUGCUCUCCCUGUUUAAGAUCACACAAAGAUCUUGCAAAGACUCUUUCCAACGCCACCACCAUUGCUGCAAUUCUCGCAACCUUUCUACCUCUCCACUCAAUCAUAGUCAUAACAUAGCACCUGGAGAAAUUUCAUGUGCAAAUCUAAGAUUGAUUAGUGGUUGCAAUCUCACUGGGUAAUUCAAUCGAGGCUACCAGUGUGCUACCUACUAGCACUCGGAUUUGCCGGCGGUGCAAGUUUUCUGAUGAAAGCCAUGGAGGUAGUGGAGGAAGCCAACCGGGCCGCCGUGGAGAGCUGCAAGAAGCUCGUCGCCGUGCUCUCGCUCUCCGGUGCCGACGCGUUCCGGCCUUUGCCCGUGGCCGCGGAGACCGACGAGGCGGUCGCCCGGUUCGGCAAGGUGGUCGCCGUCCUGAGCGACAGGCUCGGCCAUGCCAGAGCAAGGGUUGCUGGCAAGAGGAGCCCACCGGCGCCUCCCGUCGAUGCGAGCUGCCUCUUGGAGUACCACCCGUCGCUGGCAGUGGCACCGCGACACACUACCAACGGCGGCCAUCUGCUGGUCAGUGCUACUUCUCCUCCUCCUCCUCCGCCGCCGCCGCCGACGACGACGACGUCGCUGCUUGCUAGCAUGACGAUGCGAAGCGCUGCGGAGCCGAUGACGAUGAGAAGCCAAAAGGCGGAGGUAGUGGCGCCGGCGGUGCUGGUGUCGCCACCUUGUGCCAGCAACGUGACACUGACGCCGGCCCCGGCCAAGAAGUUUGACAGGAGCAUGUUCCUCGAGACGUCGCUGCUAGAGUUAAACAACUCUUGCAGCGUGCCUCCAUCUUCGUCGCCGGCCAUGGCGGUGCAGAAGAGCAGCCCGAAAGUCGCCGCGCCCAAUCCGUGCACCAGCACCCCCCACAUCCAGUUGCAGCCCACCACCCAGUUCCAGCCACCGCCACAGCAGCAGGCGGCGAAGAAGCAGAAGAGCUUCCAGUUCGACCAGACGCCGAGCGGCGAGCAGUUCCACAUCGAGGUCCCUGUGCCGCUGCCCCGUGGCGCCGCCCCCGCCGCGAAGGAGGUGAUCAGCUUCAGCUUCGACAACAACUCGGUGUGCACGUCGUCGGCGGCCACGUCCUUCUUCACGUCCAUCAGCAGUCAGCUGAUCAGCAUGUCCGACGCCGCGACGAGCUCCGCCGCCAGGCCCGCCACGGCGAAGAAGAUGUGCGGCAAGGGAGUGGAGGACGGCGGCGGCGGCGUCAGAUGCCAUUGCCCGAAGAAGAAGAAGCCGAGGGAGAAGAGGGUGGUGAGGGUGCCGGCGAUCAGCGACAAGAACGCCGACAUCCCGGCGGACAACUACUCUUGGAGGAAGUAUGGGCAGAAACCCAUCAAAGGCUCUCCUCACCCAAGGGGAUACUACAGGUGCAGCAGCAAGAAGGACUGCCCGGCGAGGAAGCACGUGGAGCGGUGCCGCAGCGACGCCGCCAUGCUGAUCGUCACCUACGAGAACGACCACAACCACGCGCAGCCGCUCGACCCCUCCGUGCUCACCGCCGCCAACGCGGAACCUUGAGAGCCCAUCGGACGGAGACGGAGACGGUGCCGGAGUCUCUGCCAACGUCGUGCAGGAGCGACGAAUUCUUUUCUUAUUUCCAAACAAGAUGUACAGUGGUGACAAUUUGAUUGCGUUUCACUGCUCCCGUUUCUCCAUGUCUUCUGUUUAGACGAAAUUCAUUCAGAUGAGGCCUCUAGUUUAAUUUGUGCAUGCCAAAGAGUGUAAUCCUACUAGUUGAUGUUUCACUUUCAUCCGCCAUUCAGAAUUCACGUGUCACCACCUCGUUUCGGCAUACCUGUCUGUCUGAUCUUUCUGCCGAUCUUCUGUGGAUGCGAGGCACGCGAGUGGCUCG